ACAAAUUCAAUUUCGCGGGCUCAGUAUCUGAGAGCUUUUGAGUUUCCGAGCUUCAUUCGGGACGAAUGGAGGAAGUGGACGAAACGGAAGCGGUGCCUCAGAUAUACAUGGCUUGUAUCAAACAUGGUCAGAGAGUGGGAGUUUCAUACUAUGAUUCUAGCAUCCGCCAGCUUCACGUGCUGGAAGUUUGGGAGGAUGGCAGCAUGGAAUAUCCUCUCAUCGAUCUAGUGAAAUAUCAAGCUAAGCCCCUAAUGAUAUAUACUAGCACCAAAAGUGAAGAGUCUUUCUUAGCUGCUUUGCAACGGAGUGACGGGAUGUCUGAGGCCCCUACAGUGAAGCUUGUGAAGAGUUCAAUUUUCAGCUAUGAACAAGCGUGGCACAGACUGGUAUACCUACGAGUAACAGGAAUGGAUGAUGGAUUAAACAUCAAGGAGAGAAUUUGUUUUUUGAGUUCUAUGAUGGACGUGGGAAGUGACGUUCAAAUUCGUGCUAGUGGGGGUCUUCUUGCCAUACUGGAAAAUGAAAGAAUCGUGGACACGCUUGAACAAAAGGACCUUGGAACUUCAUCAAUAACGAUUGGUUCUGUCAUAGAAAUUUCACUAAACAACUUUCUAAAACUCGAUGCAACAGCUUUGGAAGCAUUGCAAAUAUUUCAAACUGACAAACAUCCCAGCCAUAUGGGCAUUGGAAGGGCAAAAGAAGGGUUCUCCGUAUUUGGCAUGAUGAAUAAGUGUGUGACACCUAUGGGUAGACGCCUCUUGAGAAACUGGUUCCUGAGGCCAUUACUGGAUCUUGAAAAUUUGAAUAAGCGACUUAAUGCUAUAUCAUUCUUUAUUUCUUCCGAUGAAUUGAUGCAUUCGUUACGAGAAACUCUAAAGAUUGUUAAGGACAUUCCCCAUAUACUCAAGAAAUUCAAUUCCCCAAGCUCAACAUAUUCUUCUGGUGAUUGGACCGCAUUCUUGAAGAGUAUUUGCUCUCUUCUGCACGUGAAUAAGAUAUUUGAAGUUGGCAUGUCAGAGAAUCUUAGAGAAAACAUGAAGUACUUGAAUUUGGACAUUGUUGAGAAGGCCAAUACAUGCAUUACAACAGAGUUGGCUUAUGUUUACGAACUGGUUAUUGGCGUCUUGGAUGUUAGUAGAAGCAAAGAGAAGUCAUAUGAGACGAUUGUGAAGGAGGGUUUUUGUGAAGAGUUGGAUGAACUGAGGGAAAUCUACGAGGAACUGCCUGAAUUUUUGGAGGAGGUUUCAUCAAUGGAACUUGCUCAAUUCCCUCAGUUGUGUACAGACAAGAUUGCCCCCUGUAUAGUCUAUAUACAUCAAAUAGGGUAUUUAUUAUGCAUAUUUGAAGAGAAACUUGACGAAAGCACAUUAGAGAUCCUACGAGACUUUGAAUUUGCUUUCUCUGAUGUGGAUGGAGAUAUAAAGAGAUUCUUUUACCAUAGUCCAAAAACACGAGAAUUGGAUAAUCUGCUUGGAGACAUUUAUCACAAAAUCUUAGAAGAUAUGGAGAGGGCAAUUAUUAGAGACUUGGUGUCACAUAUACUUGUUUUCUCUGCGCAUCUGCUUAAGGCUGUAGAUUUUGCGGCUGAACUGGAUUGCUUUUUAUCUCUAGCACUGAUUGCACGUCAGAACAACUAUGUAAGGCCAGAUUUAACUGCAGAUAGCAUGCUUGAUAUUAAGAAUGGAAGGCAUGUUUUGCAGGAAAUGGCAGUAGAUACAUUUAUUCCAAAUGACACGAAGAUUUUUUAUGAUGGAAGAGUUAAUAUCAUUACUGGCCCAAAUUAUUCUGGUAAAAGUAUCUACAUAAAACAGGUUGCUCUUAUUGUAUUCCUGUCUCAUAUAGGAAGCUUUGUUCCGGCAGAUGCUGCAACUGUGGGUUUGACUGAUAGAAUAUUCUGUGCUAUGGGCAGCAAGCAUAUGACUGCAGAACAAUCAACUUUUAUGAUUGACUUGCUUCAAGUGGGGAUGAUGCUGAGGCAGGCAACGUGUCAAUCUUUGUGCUUGAUAGAUGAAUUUGGUAAAGGUACCCUUACAGAAGAUGGCAUUGGUCUUCUUGGUGGAACGAUCACCCACUUUGCAAGUUCUAAUGACUCUCCAAAGGUGCUGGUGUGCACUCAUCUAACUGAGCUAAUUAAUGAGAGUCUACUGCCAAUGUGCGAAAGGAUCAAGUUCUACAACAUGAGUGUGAUACGAGCUGACAAUGAUUGCACUGAAAAUGAAGAUAUUGUAUUUCUUUAUCGUUUGAUCCCAGGACAUGCACUUCCUAGUUAUGGUCUGCAUUGUGCAUUGCUUGCUGGCGUUCCUGAUGAGGUUAUUAAGAGAGCAGCCUUUGUUUUGGAUGCUAUGGAGAAUAAUAAGCAUGUUGAGCGGCUGCACAAUGAGAAUUUAUCCGUUCAAGAUAAGCUAUACCAGGAUGCGGUCGACAAGUUGCUAAGACUUGAUGUUAACAAGUGUGAUCUUAGCCGUUUCUUUCAGGACAUAUUUCUUUCUUAAUCGGACAUCUUAAGUUCCCAAUUGUAGCAUUUUCAGAGAAACUUUGUUGUAUGGCUGGCAGAAGAUUCCGUCCCCGUAGUGAAGGUAAUACAGAUUGACAAGGGGCAUGUUUGUUUCGCUCAAGAUCAUGCAUCUUUAUCAUUCAAAAUAUAUGUAGUUUAGUCCGGCAAUCUCUAUCAUUCAAAACACAUAUAGCCUGUUCAGAAACUUUCAUUCAAAGAAUGAAAGGAAAAAAAAAGUUCAAGAUAUAUACGUUUGAUUUUUUUUUCUUUUUUUCUUUUUACGGAUGACCUUUCACAUGUGCCUUUAUGUUUUUUGAUCCACCCCUCUUUACGUCAUAUUCCACUAUUACAUUUUAUAACAUAUAAUAAUGUUUAUCGUAACCCUAAUGUGAUAAUCGUCUCUAUUACAAUAAAAUAUUUCUGUUGUGCUUUCUCCAUUUUCUUCCAGUUUGUUGCAUUUUUUAUGAAGAAAAAAAAAGAGAUCGUGAUAGAGAUGAUUAUUGCAUUAGGGCUACACAUGGUCAUUCAUAACGCAAUAAGUCGCUAUAGAGAUGACCAUUGUGUUAGUGAUACGAUAAAUUUGGUCAUUUCUAACGUGAUAUGUUAUAAAAUGCGGUAGUGAGUAUGACGUAAGUAAAAUGUUAGACUUUCUACGUUUGUGAAGGGUAGGUUAAAAAAUAUAAAGGCGCUGAUGAGAAAGUCAUCUGGACAAAAAUCUGAUUAUAGUUUUGAUGAAUAAACUAAAUGCUAUAAUAGCAAAACAAGGCAAAAGUUAUGAG